AAUUUAUUAUAUAUUAGCACAUGAAUAUGUCAGCUCGAUAUUGGGUAUUAGUGUUGAUAAUUCAAAGUGCUUUAUGAGCACUUUGAGGAAGCCAACCCCAAGAUUUAACAGUGGAGUCUUAUUUCUAUUCUAACUAUGAUGCAACAAGAUUCACCAAAGUCAUCAUGGGCGACCAAGGUAGCCUCUAUUACUUCGGCAAACUAACCACUGGCGCCAACGAACAUGCAUUGGUUCUGAAGUAUGACUCUUCAGGCACACUAGCCUUCCAGAAAGUGACUGAGUUCGUGCCGAUGCCUCAAGGGUUCGAAGUAAGCAUGAACGAAACAUUCUUAUUUGCUCUGCUCGGAAUAUCAGGAAGUCCAGGAGGAAUUGUUGUUCAGUAUUCAGGAACUACUGGAGCUAUAAAUUAUGCAAAAAUGAUAUCAAUAACCCCGACAAUCAAUUCAGUUCUCAAUGUGGAUAGAAAAGGAGCUUCUAUUAUAAUAACUGAGCCCUCAACUUCUUCAAGCAUUUACAAGACCUGUCCUGAGAGAGUUGCCCAUGAUUGAGAAACUAUUUUGAUCAAUUUUUCCCCAACAGGAGUGUCAGGAGCACCUUCCAUUAUAUUUGCAGAUAAUAUUUUAGGAUUCUCUUUUUACUUCACGGCUGUUGGGAAUACUCAACCCUCUAACUUUUAUAUCACAAGAGUUAAAAGUGACAGCACUGUAGAUAAAACCACAAAAAUAUAAUGACCUUCCACUUCUUGUGAUUACACUUUUUCUGAUUUUGUGUAUG